GUCUUCUCCAUCUAUUCGCAAGGCGGAGGCAAAUCAGCACCGCAUGCCUGGCAACGGAGCUCAAUAAGUAUCGGCGCUGUGUCUUAUAUUUCUGCUCAACUAUACAAGCAGUCUUAUUCCUCAACAUUCCAAGCUGUCCACAUGUGUUUGGCAGUACUACAAGCUUACCGGUAUGAGCACUUCACAUCGGACACACUUUUGUGUCUAAUGCCGAGUGCCCCAACCUUCGACCAAGAUGGCCGACAUCUUCAACUCAAUGAAGUAUCGCUGGUUACCUACAUAUACCUAAAUAAGUAUGCUCGGAACCUUGCUAUAGCAGUGAAGGAGUUACAGACAUUGAGGCACUGA